GCUUUCGAUAUUAUUUAGAAUGAUAAAUCGCUGAUCCUUGUUUUGAUUAUGAAAAUUGUCAGCUGAUAUUUCAAAAGAUGUCAAAAGUACUUACAAAUCAAAAGACUUUAACCAAAGAAAAGGAUCAUCAUGAAUGAUUACGACGAUAAAAUUAAAGACUUCUGGUCUAAUGGUUAUACUGUGUUUCCUGAUUUUCUGUCCUCGUGUGAUGUUGACAAUAUUUUAAAGGAAACUAAACAAAUUGUUGAUACUUUCAAUCUCAAUGAACACCGGACUGUUUUCAAAACUGGAAAAGGACAACAAGGUGAUGACUACUUCCUUAAUUCAGGUGAUAAAAUAUCGUUCUUUUUCGAGGAGAAAGCUUUCGAUUCGGAUGGGAACCUUGCAGUCCCUCGCAGCCAGUGUUUAAACAAAAUAGGCCAUGCUCUACAUGAAUUGAAUCCUGUUUUCAAAGCAAUUACAUUUGAUGGUCGAGUUCAGAGCAUUCUAAAGAGCUUAGGAUGCGUUGAGCCUCAUGUUAUUCAGAGUAUGGUUAUUUUUAAAAAUCCUCAUAUUGGUGGUGAAGUUUCAGCUCACAGAGAUGCGGAGUUCCUAUUCACUGAGCCAACCAUUAAGCUUACAGGUUUCUGGUUUGCUCUUGAGGACGUUACUCUUGAAAAUGGAUGUCUUUGGUUCAUUCCAGGUUCACACAACGAGUCUGUAACUCGACGGUUUGUUAGGAACUCAGGUGAUUCUGGACCGAGGGUAUCAUUCAAUGCUCCUGAGGAUAAAUAUGAUGAUUCAAAGUUCAUUCCAGUUACAGUUGCAAAAGGAUCGCUAGUACUCAUUCAUGGUUUAGUUGUUCAUAAAAGUAAACCUAAUAUGUCACAAUUACCUAGACCUGUUUACACAUUUCAUGCUGUCGAUUUUCAUGAAACAAAAUGGUCACCAGAUAAUUGGCUUCAACCUACAGAAAAACUUCCAUUCAGUCGAGUCUAUUGAUGUGUUAAAGAUAUAUUAUAUUCUUGUAUUCAUUUUUCACUCAAAAUCCUUCCAAAUCAAGAUCGUUGAUUCAAUAGACUCACGUCAGUUAAACCUAUGGACUUAAUAUUAAUAGUAUGAAGUGACUUGUCCUGGGCAGAUUCAAAUUUUACAGAAACAUUAAGCUUGAAUUAAUUUUCGAAUUAGCGUAAAUAUAAAUUUAGCUGAUAAUUAAACUAUCUAUCAUUGGUGAUUGAUAUUUAAAUGUUUCUUUUGUAAUAUCGAUUUUCGUCAAUAAAUUUAAUCCCAGAUCUAAAAUAUAUUGCCGUAUAAAUAUUGCCAAACAAA